GUACCGGGUAGUGUGGAGUUAAGUCUAAACAAAGUAUACUAUCGAUUUCCGGAUUUGGAAAAUCUUAAUAUUGUAGAACCGAUCGUUUUGAGUGUAUACCUGCCUGUUCUAUAUGGUCAUUGAUCGUCUUUGGUAAAAGCAAGAGAAAAUUCGAGCUCUUGAGACAUACAACAUGGCGACGGGUGGACAACUUGGGAGGUCUCAAAUCGAUGCAUCUGACGCUUUGCAUGAUUUCUCCUGUACUCCAUGUACUGAAGACGGCAAAAAUACAGAAGCAUUGUUUCAGUGUACUGAUUGUCAGAUCUUCUAUUGCCAAAGAUGUGUGUCGGGCCACAACAGGUUCACAAGAAACCAUAAAGUUCUUGAAAAAUCGUCGAAACUAUUCGGACAAAGUCAAAUACAACAAAAGUCAUCUUCUACAAGUGAGCUACCGACGGAUUUGUGCGAGGAACAUCAUGGAGAAGUAAUCAAGAUGUUUUGUGGACAACAUGACAUAGUUUGUUGUACUGUCUGCAUUGCUGUUAAACAUAGAUCGUGUGAAGGUGUAGAAUAUAUCCCAAAUAUUGCCAAAAGACUUCUGAAGAGUAAGGCAGGGGACAAAACUAAAACAUCUUUAGAGAAAGUAAAAGAUGAACUGCAAACUUUCAAGUCGAGAGUGCAAAAUGAGCUGACAGAGUUGAGUGCGCAACGUGAUGAUAUACUUGAUCACAUACAGAACUUGAAGAAAAGCAUUAUUUCAAGAAUUGUAGAAUUGGAGAAGAAGUCAGUUAACCUAGUGAAAGACAAGUAUAAAGUUAUAGCUGAUGAUAUGUAUACCAGUAUCAAGAAAAUCAAUGGCAUGCUGAAAGAUGUUGAGCUGCAACUGGACAAACAUGAUCAUACUGAAAAUGACAAUGAAGCUCAGAUAUUUGUAAAUAAAAAAUACGGUGAAAAACAAAUUUUAGAGGCAAAUGAUUGCUUAAAGCAAUCCAGUGGAAGACAGAAGAAAACUUUGGUAUUUGAAGCGAACGAAAACCUACGGACUUGCUUCCGUGACGUACAAUAUAUGGGAACAGUAAAAGAUAGCACGUCAACCAGAAUAGCUGAACCUGGAUUCAGGUUCAGCUCUGUAUACAGUUAUGGUUACAGUUGUGGUGGCAGGGAUAGUGGUUACAGUGGUGAAAAGGAUAGUGGUUACAGUGGUGACAAGGAUAGUGGUUUCAGUGCUGACAAGGAUAGUGGUUUCAGUGGUGACAAGGAUAGUGCUUCAAGAGGUGACAAGGAUAGUGGUAACAGUGUCGACAAGGAUAGUGGUAACAAGGGAGACAAGGAUAGUGGAUGCAGUGUCGACAAGGAUAGUGGUUGCCGUGUCGACAAGGAUAGUGGUUGCAGUGUCGACAAGGAUAGUGGUAACAAGGGCGACAAGGAUAGUGGUUGCCGUGUCGACAAGGAUAGUGGUUGCAGUGGCGACAAGGAUAGUGGCUGCAGUGUCGACAAGGAUAGUGGUAACAGUGUCGACAAGGAUAGUGGUAACAAGGGCGACAAGGAUAGUGGUUGCCGUGUCGACAAGGAUGGUGGUUGCAGUGGCGACAAGGAUAGUGGUUGCCGUGUCGACGAGGAUAGUGGUUGCAGUGUCGACAAGGAUAGUGGCUGCAGUGAUUACAAGGAUAGUGGUUGCAGUGUCGACAAGGAUAGUGGUUGCAGUGGUGACAAGGAUAUUAGUUGCAGUGUCGACAAAGAUAGUGGUUGCAGUGGUGACAAGGAUAGUGGUUACAGUGGUGACAAGGAUAGUGGUUUCAGUGCUGACAAGGAUAGUGGUUUCAGUGGUGACAAGGAUAGUGCUUCAAGAGGUGACAAGGAUAGUGGUAACAGUGUCGACAAGGAUAGUGGUUGCCGUGUCGACAAGGAUAGUGGAUGCAGUGUUGACAAGGAUAGUGGUUGCCGUGUCGACAAGGAUAGUGGUUGCAGUAGCGACAAGGAUAGAGGAUGCAGUGUCGACAAGGAUAGUGGUUGCAAUGGCGACAAGGAUAGUGGUUGCAGUGUAGACAAGGAUAGUGGUUGCCGUGUCGACAAGGAUAGUGGUUGCAGUGUCGACAAGGAUAGUGGUAACAAGGGCGACAAGGAUAGCGGUUGCCGUGUCGACAAGGAUAGUGGUUGCAGUGGCGACAAGGAUAGUGGCUGCAGUGUCGACAAGGAUAGUGGUAACAGUGUCGACAAGGAUAGUGGUAACAAGGGCGACAAGGAUAGUGGUUGCCGUGUCGACAAGGAUAGUGGUUGCAGUGGCGAGAAGGAUAGUGGCUGCAGUGUCGACAAGGAUAGUGGUAACAGUGUCGACAAGGAUAGUGGUAACAAGGGCGACAAGGAUAGUGGUUGCCGUGUCGACAAGGAUAGUGGUUGCAGUGUCGACAAGGAUAGUGGCUGCAGUGUACAAGAUAGUGGUGACAGCGACAAGGAUAGUGGUUGCAGUGUCGACAAGGAAUAG